GCUCUCAAUCGGAUACUCUUCCUCCGUCUCCCAGCCUCCAUCCGCUCCUCCGCGGGGACGAAGCCGCUCCGUCGUCGGCCGGGUGCGUGUGUGGGGUCACUUCCUGCUUCAAAUCCAGAAUGACGACUGAGACGUCACUCUGACCCCAAGACCGCCGGAGACAAAGCGCCGAGGGAGGGAGGAGGGGGGGGCUGAAGACCGAAGGCCCCGGUCGCCAUGGAAACGCUGCGCGUGUUGAUGGCGCUGUGGGCCGCCGCCCACCUGGGCGCGGCGCCGGCGACGGGGCUGAAGCCGCCGCGAAGGACGACGCCGGGACACAAGGCGUCCGCGGGUCUGACGGGACAGGACGCCAACGGGGUGGCGCUCAGGCGCUCCAAGCGAGGGUGGAUGUGGAACCAGUUCUUCCUGCUGGAGGAGUACACCGGCACCGACAUGCAGUACGUCGGGAAGCUCCACUCGGACUCGGACCGCGAGGACGGCAGCGUGCUCUACGUGCUGACGGGCGAGGGCGCGGGCACGCUGUUCAAGAUUGACGAGAAGUCGGGCGACAUCCACGCCACCAAGCGCCUGGACCGCGAGGAGAAGGCGUACUACAUGCUGCACGCCAAGGCCGUCAACCGCUUCACCAACGAGGCCCUGGAGGGCGAGUCCGACUUCAUCAUCAAGAUCCACGACAUCAACGACAACGAGCCGCGCUUCACCAAAGACCCGUACGUCGCCAGGGUGCCCGAAAUGGCCGACAUCGGCACGCCCGUCAUCCAGGUGACGGCCCUGGAUGCCGACGACUCCACCUACGGGAACAGCGCCAAGGUGGUCUACAGCAUCCUGGAGGGGCAGCCCUACUUCUCCAUCGACCCCGAAACUGGCUUGAUCAAGACGGCGCUGCCGGGAAUGGACCGGGAGGUCAAGGAGAAGUACCAAGUGGUGAUCCAGGCUAAAGACAUGGCCGGACAGAUGGGGGGCCUCUCGGGGACCACCACGGUCAGCAUCACCCUCGCCGACGUCAACGACAAUCCGCCGCGCUUCACUAAGACCCUGUACGAGUUCAAAGUGCCCGAGACCACCGCGCUGGGCUCGGUGGUGGGCGUGAUCCGCGCCAUGGACAACGACAUCGGCGAGAGCGCCGAGAUGGACUACAGGAUCAUCGGGAGCGACGGGCCCGGGAUGUUCGACAUCGCCACCAACCGCAGCACGCAGGAGGGCGUGGUCGUGCUCAGGAAGCCGCUGGACUUCGAGCGCAAACGUCAAUUCAGCCUCCGCGUUCAGGUGGAGAACGUCCACGUCAACCCUCGCUUCUUCUCCAUGGGGCCCUUCAGGGACGAGGCGUCCAUCAAGGUCACGGUGGAGGACGUGGACGAGCCGCCCGUGUUCGAGCGCGCCAGCUACGUCAUGGAGGUGCGGGAGGACGCCGCCCCUAACGCCGUCAUCGGAUCCGUCAGCGCCACCGACCCGGACGUCAAGCGCAGCCCUGUCAGGUACUCGAUCGACCGGCACACCGACAUGGACCGUGUGUUCGACGUGCACGCCAACAACGGCUCCGUGUUCCUCUUGCGGGAGCUGGACCGCGAGGAGAACGCCUGGCACAACAUCUCCGUCGUCGCCUUCGAGUUCAACAACCUGCGCCAGAUGAGCCGCGUGUCCGUCUACAUCCGAGUGCUGGACGUCAACGACAACGCGCCGGCCUUCGCCACCAACUACGAGACAUUUGUGUGCGAGAACGCCAAAGCUAAUCAGAGGAUCCAGACAGUGAGCGCCACAGACCCAGACGAGCCGGUCGGAGGACAUCGUUUCUUCUUCAGUCUGGCCCAGGAGGCUGCCGGCAAAGCAAACUUUUCUGUUCGCGACAAUAAAGACAACACGGCCUGGAUCCUGACGCGCAGGAACAGCUACAGCAGCCUACUGAAGAGCAUCUACCACGUGCCGGUGGUCAUCUCGGACAACGGGACCCCUGUGCAAAGCAGCACCAACACACUGACGGUGCGCGUGUGCACGUGCGACCGUGAAGGCAAUAUGAAGCUGUGCAACGCCGAGGCGCUCACGGCCAGGGCGGGACUCAGUACCGGGGCGCUGGUGGCCAUCUUGCUUUGCGUCAUAAUCCUGCUCAUGAUCGUGGUUCUGUUCGCCGCCUUGAGGAGGCAGCGUAAGAAGGAGCCUCUGAUCAUCUCCAAGGAGGACGUGCGAGACAACGUGGUCAGCUACAACGACGAGGGCGGCGGCGAGGAGGACACGCAGGCCUUCGACAUCGGCACGCUGCGCAACCCCGAGGCCAUCGAGGACGGCAAACAGCGGCGGGACAUCGUGCCCGAGGCCUACUACCCGCCCGCCCGCCGGCCCGCGCUCUCCUCGACGCGGGACAACAACGGGGACGUGCGGGACUUCAUCAACCAGAAGAUCCAGGACAACGACAGCAACCCGACGGCGCCGCCUUACGACUCACUGGCCACCUACGCCUACGAGGGCAGCGGCUCGGUGGCCGAGUCGCUCAGCUCGCUGGAGUCGGCCACCACGGAGGGCGAGCAGGACUACGACUACCUGAGCGAGUGGGGCCCGCGCUUUAAGAAACUGGCUGACAUGUACGGAGCCGACGACAGCGACCGCGAUUCCUAACGAUGUCUCGCCCCGAUCGGGCCCGCCGGACCAAAGGCGGCGGGAGGACAAACGGACGAAGAAACCUCAUGAGCAGGCGUAAGCGGCCUCGUGUGUCCCGUCAAGUGUUAGGGCAGGGGUGUCCAUUUUUUUAAAUGGCAUAUACUACAAAUAACGGUCCAGGUGGCCAGCAAUGCUUUUUCAAAACAAAACAACAAAAAAAGAAUGAUAAGAAAUAUUUUUUUUUUGACAGAGCAGCCGUCUCCAAACUACGCGGCCCGUGGCAAAUACUACAGAAACCUUUUUAACGUGGCCCGCAACAAUAUCGAACUCAUUCCCUGCCGGCCGUUUUCCAAACGUUCCCCAUAUUGACAGCAGUUUUGACUGGUCCCCAAAAGAUGAGACCAACAGAACAUUGUAUUCUGCGAUAAUAUAAGCGCCAUAAAGAGCAGACUCGCUUCUCCCACCAGGAAAAAAAAUAAGUUUCUCUCUCUUUAGUAUUCUGCAGUAGAACGUGGGUUGGAAUCCAACACCCACUCCUGACGACUACGACGUAUGUCCCACAAAUUGGUUUCAUAGGGAGAUUGCCUAGACAUGCGAAAACGGAAAGAAAUUAUUGACAACUAAAAUAGAACAUUUCCCCUCAUAAAACCCCGGUAAAUGAAGCUAAUUCAAGAGCGGUGAACGGAUCAAAUUAAUGUGUCAAUGAAGAUUUUCAGUUUGCUACUGAUUGCUCUUGCUUUGUUUCAGAAUGUGAUCUGGUUGCUGCUCAGUGCAGGGGCACAAAAAAUGGCCUUAUCAUGUUCAACAGACACAGGAGUUUUUCCAAAAAUAACAACAACACACAUAAAGACGAUAUAAUUGAUGGAUGGAAAUGGUUUUACAUGUUUAACAUAUUAAUGUUGAAGAAUGUCAAAGUGGCCCUGGCAUCCUUCCAUUAUUUCUGUAUGUGGGCCAGGGAUGUAAACUUUUGGACCCCCCUGUCUUAGGGUAUCGGGUGCAGGCCCCGCCCACGUAUAGCUACCGAUGUUUUUCUUCCGCCGCUGCCCGCGAUGGACACUGAGCAGCGGUGUAUUUGUCAGUGUUUCCGCGACAAACUCCUGCUGCAUCUAUUGUGAUAUUCUGCUUGUGUACGUUAGUUACAUGAUACAAUACACUGUACAGCCACCUCCAACUUCUUCAUCUCACAGCGCCCGCUAGCCUUUAGGGGCGGUACCGUCGUCGUCAUGCCGAAAGGCGCUGGGAGUUCUGGUCCACUUUGUCACAUCUAGCGGGCGACUGAACCCAGCUAAUGUUUUCUCCUCGAUGUCAAUGUCAUCAAAUGUGAAGAACAAGCUGGCGUCUUCGGUAACGCGAGCGGGAAAAUUCACUUUUGUUGCAUCUGUGUUGAAUGAACGUAACUGGGCUCUUCUAGCUCGUUGAAGAUGUUUCACCUGUAAUCCAAAAGGCACAAACUAGGAGACACACCCACUUGAGACAAAUAGGAGGACACCACACCUCAAAUUACUGAAGAAGCCUUUUGGAUUAAGGUGGAAUGUCUUCAACAAGCAAGAAGAUUCCAUCUGCCUUGACUCAACUUUUCACGGAUUACCGUGACCUGGAUGAUUUAGAAUCUACAGUCAUGUUGCUUCUGUGGAUUUCAUCGGAUCUGUCCUGAAGACCGUCCAGAUCGUUCACCGACGACGACGCAGCUCGUAGAUGAUUUUGGUAUAGUGUCGUAAAACGGACCACCAGACCGACACGAUGGAACGGAUCGCUCAUCCUGGAACGCGCCAACGCGGCGGUUCGUCUCUCGUGACGACGUCCUGACUGCAGCUCUCCGUUUUCCACAACAGCGCUCGUCAACCAGGCUUUUAGCCUUUGUCAACAUCUAACAACGAGCUGAAAGUGCAUCCUCGGCUCUACAGCUGCAAGUUAAAAAAAACAACAACAAAAAUGACGGCCUUAAGGAGAUGUUCUGGUCCAACAAAAUGACAGAAAAACUAAACCGAGAAGAAGUGACGCAUCUCUCACACGGCGUUUUUAACGUGGAGUCUUCAGCAAGUGGUCAUUUUGGUUUUCUUAGGUCUUCUCCCCCCCCCCCCCCGACGCAAAUGUGGUGGUGGCGCCAUCCAGUAGACGUGUGCUUGUCGAUGUGUAGACGCCGUUGGGCCGUUGGUGACAAACGUGGUGGAGUCUCUGUGAGCGUAGAAAAAGUGUCGCCGUAGCCUGGCGGGCCCGCGUCCAUCAAUUCUGCUUUGUACAACGUGAGAUUUUGUACUGGAUAUUUAUAUGACACGAUUAAAUAUCUUGAAAAGCU